AUGGCAGACCAUUUCGGGGUGAUGGCAGGCCGAUUGCUCACGGAGUCAAGUCUUCAGUCCGCCAUUGAUGAGGCCUCUGUCGUGCCCUCUACCACAUCGACUGCGUGCGAUGUGUCUGUCCAAGAUGGCAGGCCAGCGAGCGGCGUCUUGGUAGAAUGCAGAAUCUGCCAGGAGGAUGACGACGAGGCCUGCAUGGAGGCUCCUUGCUCCUGCAAGGGAAGCUUGAAGUAUGCUCAUCGCAAAUGCAUUCAGAGAUGGUGUGACGAGAAGGGAGACACCAUAUGUGAGAUAUGCUUGCAGCAAUUUGUACCAAAUUACACUGCAUCUUCAAAGCUGUUUCAACGAGGAAGAAACACGAUUUUCUUCAGUGCUCCUGGCUACAUUCAAGCACGACCAAUGCUGAAUGCAGAUCAUUCUGCUACAUCAACAAACUAUGGAUAUGAUCAAACUCCAGCUCCUACCGGCGUAUUAUGUUGUCGCAUAAUCGCUAUAACUUUGAUGGCUCUCCUGGUCUUCCGCGACUCCCUCUCGGUUUUCCUCGGUGACCAAGAUGCCUACACCGUUGCAAUGGUCACUCUGCUGAUGCUUAGAACCGCGGCGAUCGUCAUACCGGUCUACAUCAUAUUGGUGGCGGUUACUGAGCUGCUUCAUCGAUGCAGGCAACGGCAGGAGCCUCUGGCUCCGGCGACGGCUCCCGCGAAGCACCUGGCCGGGGUCCGCCUGGACGCCCACGGGGUGGAGGUCGAGGAGCUUACGGCGGCCAAGGGUGUCACACUGAGCGACGUGGCGGAGAGGAGGGGGAAGCUGUGGCUGGGCUCCGUGGAGCUCGAGUACAUCGGCCUCGUUGCUUGA